AUGAGCCAGGGCAACAACCAGCACGGCAAGGCCGACCAACGCCCGCCGUCGGGCCCGUCCCUCCUCAACCGCUUCGGCCGCAACGGCGGGCCACCUCCCUCGGCGUCCAACAACUUGCACCGUCCUGUACCGACGGGUCCGGCGAGCACGAGCGAGUUCAACGGCCAGACUCUCGCCUCUCGCCUCUCGACCGCCACCGGCUCGUCGUCGAGACCGCCAAACGGGCCCGCCUCGACGACAAAGGCGCCGUCACAGUCGACGUCGAAGCAGGCGCAGCCAUCGUCGUCCACAAAGCCCAUUUCCCUCGCCUUUCGUCUCAAGCCCAAGCGGCCACAUCCCUCGUCGUCUUCCACACCAACCGCGCCCUCGUCCCACCCACCGCCAGCUCGGCCCACCACCUCUUCUGCGUCGACGCCAUCCCCGAGACCGCCGUCGCUGAGCCGCUCGUCCAGCUCGACUGGCGGCGGUUCCUUGUCGGCCCGGCUCUCGAAGCCGGCGGGCUCGUCGAGCGACCACCGCAGCGCCGCACCGCCGACCAACAACGGCGCACAGCGCACGUCUGAGCAGUCGCGCUCGCUCGCUGAGCGCCUCGACGAGCCGGGCGCAAGGCCUGGGCCGUCAGCGAGCCGGCCCUCGCCAGGAGCUUCGAGCGGCGCGUCGCGUACGGCCUUCACGGUCGGCGGCACAGCGCCGACAGCGCCGCUCGCGCAGCGGCUCUCGCCGGCCGACGCGCAGGGCAUGGUUGCUCGUGCCGGCGCGUCGGGCGAGACCCGACCGGCCUCGGGCUCGAGCGCGCACUCGUCCGGCGCGGCGGCGAGCACGACGGCCCAAGGCGAUGCGGCGAGCACGACGGCCCAAGGCGAUGCGGCUCCCUCUCGGCCGGCGGGCGAUGGGCAGCCGUAUCCUGGGCCGCGACCGCAGCAGCGCUCGGCGUCGCGGCAGGACCCGACGUCGAAUCGGCCGAUCCCGCUUUCGCGACCACCUGUACAUCCUCCGCCAGCUCCUCGCCCUGACCCGCGCCGUCGGCUCAGCCCUCCUCCUCCACCCGGCCCCUCGCACUCGACCCGGCCCGCGCCAACGACUACCGGGACGACCGCCGCCGCUCGUUCGACCACCGAGACGACUACGACGACCGCUAUCGAUACGCGCGAGAGCACGACGCCGCCCGAGACGAGCGCAGCACCGCCUCCCGCUCCUCCCUCGACGGUCGACCUGCGCCGCCGUCUCGCCCGGCCGCCGACUCGCGUGCUGCACCUCCACCUCGAUCCUUCAACCACGCUGCGGAGCCCAUACGCAGCGCGGCUGCUCCUCGACUACCCGACCGCCCCCUGA